AGUUCCCAUCACUGAUUCGCCCGACAGUAACAGCAGCCCGUCAGUACAUGCUAUCUGUAAAAGCCAUUAUCCAAUUCUAGAUCUUUAUGGAGUCCUUUCGGUCAGCCAAUCAAUUUCUUCAAGUAGCAGGCAGAUGGGAGCGUUACUUUAGUACAAAUAUUUAUUAACUUCUUUAUCUGUUAAUCAACUCUGAUGGGAUGCUCACAGUUUUAGCUAAGAUAACAAGCUACAAAAUGAAGGAUUCGUUGAACAAUGGCUAGUUCCUAGAUCUUCACUUUCCAGUAGAAACUUGAAAUGCAACUCCUAUUAAACAAGGUGCCAAGAACAAAAACCAAGGCUUUGUACUAUUCAUGCAACGCUUAAGAAUCUCUGCCUCUCCUUUUCUCUCUUGUCCUUCCACUCCAAAAUGCUGAGCACAGCAUUACCUCUGUCUCUUUCAACCCCAGUUCUUCGACCACAAAAACCUUUAUAUUGUCAAUCUAGCCCCAGAUUUGGCCCAUGUAUUAACCUCCCUUCUUUAAAACCGCUUGAUACUAUUUGCUGUCAUGGCUUCUCUCGUCGAAAAACUUCCCUGUCAGGUUCUUGUUUGAGCUGCAAUACUCGAAUCUCUGCAUUUAUCUGUCGAAAUCAUGGAUAUGGCAGUAUCAAGGUCUGGGCUGCCUCAGUUCCUGACAGUACUGGUGAAUUUGAGAAAUCAGGUGAUGUGGCUAGGACAAUGCAGCUAGGUGCUAUGUUUGGAAUUUGGUAUCUUUUGAAUAUCUACUUCAACAUCUUUAACAAGCAGGUUCUGAAGGUGUAUCCAUUUCCAGCAACAAUUACAGCUUUCCAAUUUGGCUGUGGGACUGUGAUGAUCAUCAUAAUGUGGGCACUAAAUCUCUGCAACAGACCGAAGCUUACUCGUCCACAGAUUUUAGCCAUCCUACCUUUGGCUGUAGCACACACAUUUGGUAACCUUCUUACUAAUGUUAGUCUGGGAAAGGUUGCUGUCUCAUUCACUCAUACAAUCAAAGCUUUGGAACCCUUUUUCACAGUGUUAUUUGCUGCAUUGUUUCUUGGUGAGACGCCUGCUUUCUGGGUACUUUCCUCUCUUGUGCCACUAGUAGGUGGAGUAGGCUUGGCAUCAUUGACUGAGGUCUCUUUUAAUUGGAUCGGUUUCUGUAGUGCAAUGGCUUCCAAUGUGACUAACCAGUCACGAAAUGUAUUUAGCAAAAAGUUGAUGGUUAACAAAGAGGAAACUUUGGACAACGUCAAUCUCUUCUCUGUCAUAACCAUCAUUUCUUUUAUCCUGCUGGUUCCUGCUGCUAUUUUCAUGGAAGGCUUUAAGUUUACUCCGUCAUACCUGCAGUCUGCUGCAAACCAAGGGUUGAAUGUUAAAGAGCUAUGCAUAAGAUCUCUUCUCGCCGGAUUCUGCCUCCACUCUUAUCAACAAGUCUCCUACAUGAUAUUACAGAUGGUAGAUCCUGUCACACAUGCUGUUGGAAAUUGCGUGAAGCGUGUGGUGGUCAUAGUCUCAUCAGUCAUCUUCUUUCAAACUCCUGUGUCGCCCAUAAACUCCAUUGGAACUGCUAUGGCCCUUGUAUGUCCCUUGUUGUAUUCAAGAGCAAAGCGGAUGAAGUCGAGGACAAAGCCAAAGCCAAAGGGUGCAUGAUUUUCCUUUGGAAAAAUUAUCCUCAGCUUCGUGUAAUUUGGCUUGUUUUACAUUUAUCAGCUGUCUAAAAAAUCAGAGUUUCAUCCUA